AUGAGGGUCAACACCUCUAAAAUCUGGGCCUGUUUGUCUGCUUGUUUAAGAGAUGUGGUAGAGAAGAAACCCCAUGACCCAAUAGAAUACAUUGCCUUCUGGCUGAAGAAGCAUAUAGAGAAUGAGCGUUAUAAAGCAAAGAAAGCUGAGGAGGCUGAACAGUAUGAGAAACUCAAAGCAGAAGCGGCUGUAGAGCAAGAAAGGAAGGCUAUCAGACUGGAAGAAGCAAGGAGGUUAGCUGAAGAAGAACUUGAGAGGCUGAAGGCAGAACAGGAAAGGAAAGCCAGAGAGGCAGCCACAGCUUCAAAAUUAUCAGAUGUUGAGGAGAAAGAUGAGCAUGAAACUCCCAGAGAUCCUCCAAAUGAUGAAAAAGAGGAUGUCAUAAAAGAGGAAGAGGAGGAUGAACAGGCAAAGGAAGCAGAGGGUUUAGAACAGAUUGAAGAAAAGAAUGAGCAAGAUGAAGAAGAAUCACCAGAUGGCAGGGUUGAAGCAACAGCAGAAGAUGUAUAG